UUAGAAGGAAGUAAUAUCUUGGCAAACCCCACAAUUCCAGCCAGUUGGAGCGCCAGUUGAAGACCUCCAAAAAAGUUCUGGAGCUCGUGUGUGUUCCCGCGGCCGGCUUGCUGCAACGACGAGACGAACCACCACCUUUUUCUUUCGAGCCGACGAACUCGCCUUUCCUUCUUCGCCGCGCGAUCGAUCGCUAUUUUUUCUUUCCUGUGUCCGGAGUCAACGAACACACACACACACACGGGGAAGGCUUGCGGCAAACCACCCGAACCACUCUUACGAGGAGGGGUUACUAUAUUUGGCUGAGGAAAGGGAAAGGAAGAAGGGUAGGUAUGAACUCCCUUCGCACAGCGGCGGCGUCCCGGCCAUUACUGGCUGCCAUGGUCACCCGGCCAGUCGGUCUGGCGAGUGUUAUGAUUGCCAGACGGCCAACCACGGCGGUGGUGGCGCCGAGGCGACUGGGUCCGGGGUUGGGGCUGGUGGUGAGGACAAAGACGACAAAGAGCGCUAUUCACCUGCAGAUGAAUGCGAAGAAGAAGGCGGACGCGAUUGCGGAGAGGGAGAGGGAGAUGGAGAGGAAGAUGAAGGAGGCGAAGGUGCUGGGGGAGAGGUUGUAUUUGUGGAAUCACAUCCAGGCGAAUCAUGUGCUCUGGAGCACGUCGAGGGAGCUGAGGGCGAAUAAAUCCUUGAGACAGGUCCAGUUCACGGGCAAAAAGAACACUCUGAUCAAGAUCCGCAAGGAUUAUUGGAGGCCUAUGGCUACGAUUCAGUUCCCUGAGGGGGAGGGGCAGGCGGGCCUGUCGGUUUAUCAGAAGCUGGUGGAGCUGAAGAAGAGGCACGAGCUGGAGUGGGAUGAUGGGGGGGAGGAGGCGAAGAGGUUGUUGAACUUGACCAAGAAGGAGAGGGGGAGGGAGUUGAAUGAUCAGAAGGGGAAUACUGUGGCGGAUAUGGCGAAUUUUGAGGAGAUUAGGGAGUGGAGGGAGAAGAUUAGUGAUGAUAUGAAAAAAAGAAAAGAGUUGGAGAAGGAGUUGGAGGAGUUGGAGGAGAACAAGAUGAAGUUGGAGGAUACGCAGAGAGAGGUGCAAAGGAAGGUGAAGGAUGUUACAGAGGAGGAGGGGGAGGGGGGGGGAGGGGAGGGGAGGGCGGGGGGGGAGGAUAUGGAGGUGAAAGAAACUAAAAAUAUCGCAAAGGUGAAGAAGCAGAUCGAGGAGGUUAAGAAGCAGAUCCAGGAGCUACAACCACUGGAGGAACCGGUCCCGGUACUUCACAAAGUCCGCGUGUUCUGGGCCAACGAGCUCGAUCACCACUUUGCCGAGAGCUGGCCAGACAACGUCGAGCAUGUUCUUGGCUUGCCGGAGGAUGAUUGGACAAACGAGGACUUGGAAAAGAUGAUCGCCAACCAGGAGAGGCUGGUGGACCUUCACGCGGUGUUGGCGGAGAAGAAGCUGGCGAAGAGGGAGGAGAAGGCGAAGUUGAAGGAGCAGCGUGCGGCGAAGAAGGCGAAGAAGAUGCAGCCGUUUUUGCCUACGCCUGAGGGCGAGACUGGGUGGAAGAGUAGACCAAGAGCACCGAAGCCGUUCACGGGCAAGGCGCCCAAGUGGGCUAAGGAGGGUCUUUAA